AGGUCAGUGUACACACAUCAACAAUCGCAUGACAUUCAAUAUGGCUGAUGCGCUAACGUAUACCUGAAUGGGACUAACAAACUCAAGGCGGGGUCUGGUGCAUGUUUGACACAUUUGAGUGGAACAGCAUGAUUACGUUAGUUACUAUCAUAUUAAUAAUUAAGCACAUAUAUUUCCCUGCUGCCUUCACCUUGGUUUAAAAUCUAUUUUUGUAAAGCUGAACUUUCUGUGGCGUCAGAAGUACGUGCAAUAAAUGAAAGAUAAUUCGUCAGUGACGACAGAAAGAAACCCGACAAUGAUAAUUGUUAUGAAAGAAAUAACAACAAAAAUAAAAUAUAUCUAUUUCAAUUUUAAGUCAGCGCCGACCACCUUGAGAACCGCCGGAAGUAACGCUACCCGGAACGUCUUUGUACACGUACAAAAUGGAGGCGGUGACAUCUAGCAGACCUUACCACAUAGUAAUAUUCGGCGCUUCAGGCUUUACAGGGAAAUUUGUAGUUGAAGAAUUGGCCCGCUUCGCCGCCGACAGUGUCAGAGACAGUCGUCCAAAAUGGGCCGUGGCCGGGAGAAACGGACAACGCCUGAAGGGGGUGUUAAAGCAGGCUGCCGAGAGGCUGGCCAUGCCUGAGUUGAACACAGACAUUGACAUCAUUGAAGCAGAUGUGUCUAAUAAAGAAUCUCUGGCCAUCAUGUGCCAGAAGGCUCUGGUUAUUCUCAACUGUGUGGGUCCAUACAGGUUUUAUGGCGAACCGGUGGUAGCCGCAUGCGUGGAGAACGGAGCUCACUACAUUGACAUCUGUGGUGAGCCUCAGUUUCUGGAACGCAUGCAGUUCGAGUACCACACGAAGGCUUUGGACAGAGGAGUGUACGUAAUAGGCAGCUGUGGCUUCGACUCUAUACCGGCAGACCUGGGAAUUCUCUAUACUCAGAGCCACUUUAAAGGGACGCUGACGGCAGUGGAGAGCUUCCUGACAAUAAGCAGUGGGCCUGAGGGCUCGUGUGGUCAUGAUGCCACAUGGCAGUCAGCUGUGCACGGCUUUGCAGACAGUAGCGCCCUUCGCCAGCUGAGGAAGAAGUUUGGCCAUAAGCCACUACCUAUUGUGGGAACCAAAGUCCGCCCGAGAGGGUGUGUGUUUUUUAGCAGAGAGAUUGUGCAGUACGCCAUCCCUUUUAUGGGUUCGGACCCUUCAGUAGUCAAGAGAACACAGCGUUUCCUUUACCAGGAAGAAAGCCGAUCACCAAUCCAGUAUUGCGCUUACGUCGGAGUAGGUGGUCUCUGCUCAGUUGCCAAGCUCUUUGUUGGAGGAGUUUUCUUCUGGAUCCUGGUCAAAUUUAGGCUCGGCAGGAAACUCCUCACCACGUUUCCUAGGUUUUUUUCCUUUGGCUUCUUCAGUCAGGCUGGUCCUACAAUUAAACAGAUUGAAGACACCUGCUUCAACAUGACCUUUUUUGGAGAGGGAUACUCAGAUGGUGCGGACCCCUCGCAGGGACCACCCAAUGCCAAGAUCUGCACUGAAGUCAUGGGAGGAGAGCCUGGUUAUGUGGCCACCGUGAUUGCUAUGGUGCAGGCCGCAGUAACAGUGCUGAAAGAAAGACACUCCCUUCCCAGGAGGGGAGGUGUAUACACACCAGGAAGUGCCUUCUACAAAACCAAUCUCAUCGACCGCCUUCAUAACCAUGGCUUCAAGUUCUCUGUGAAAAGCUAUGAAGAACCUGCUAAAUCAUAGGCACUCAAUUGCUUGUGUGUAUUGUGCUUGAAGUGUACGAAAAAAGUUUGUGGUUGUAAACCGGAGUCCUAAAAGUGAGAUGAACACACAGAUGACUGGAACCAUCUGCUGAACAACUCAAUAGGUUGUUAAUUAAAUCUGUAAUUGAAAUAAUAUCCUUACAAUCACAAGUUAGACUUUUGUUUGAGGACAUAUAACCCAAUUCACAUCAGCAAACAGGUUACAAAUUGCUUGAAUAUAAUGUUUUCUUCAUACUUACAAUAUGUACACACAGUACAGUGAUCCCACGUUUUUCGCGGUUAAUGUGGACCGCCCCCUCGAGAUAAUCGAAAUCCGCUAAUUAGAGCUGUUGCUUAUUUACAUUUGUGUUCAAUGUAUUUAUCCCCCCACCCCAAAGUACAAUUCUUUAUUGAAUGCGUCAUUGAGUCCUCUCAAAUCAACUCAUGCUGCUUAGAACGGCACACAACACAAUGAGUUGCCAUAGCACACUACAGCCAAUGUUUAACAAGUUAAACAAGUCGGCGCCUUUGAAAGGUAGUACUCUCAAGCUUCUUUGGCUUCAAAGCAGCUCCCUUGUCACUCAUCGUUAACUCUAUCAAGCUGCGAAAGAAAAGUUCAGGAGAGGAAGUGAGACGCUGUACGUGAUUGGAUGGGACAUCUCUAUAAAAUCCUGCAUUUAUUUUUUUAAUUGAAAAAAAAAUCAGCGAUGGACUGAGGACGCGAUGUUUGAAGCGUGAACUAGCGAGGGAUUACUGUACGUGUGUAUAUACAGUACUGUAUGCACGCCGUCUUGAUGUUAUCAAGGUUUAAAGGCUUAAUGUUCUAAUGCAGGAAAAUGUUGAAUGCAUGCUGUAAUACAGUAACAAUAAGAGGUUUGCAAAUUUCUAAUUGGGAUUGAUUGAUCCUUAUUGCUAGAGGUCAUACCAUAUUGGCCCAAAUAUAAGACGUGUUUUUUGCAUUGAAAUAAGAUUGAAAAAGAGGGGGUCGUUUUAUAUUCGCCGUCUAGACAUUAUACCCAUUCACAACGCUAGAUGGCGCCAGAUAUCAUUGAAGCGAUGUUCUGUCAUGACAGAUCUCAGCUACUUGUUUAACCAGUUUGCAUUAUUUUAUUGCAAUGUUUUUCCUUAUUCAGAUUUGUUUUAAGACUACAGUUACAGUUAGACUUCACUUUGAUGUUUAAUGCAGUUUUUGCAAUUUUGUUGUUUUAUCACAAUAGAUAGGUUUAUUUACAUUUCAAAACCCAGAAGCCAUUCAUUUACGAAUGUGAUUGCACUUUAGUGUACAUAUUUAAAUGUUCAGAUAUUAAGAUUUGAAUGAGGCAAAAUAACAUGCUUUUCCUCUCAAAUAUAUUGCUAUAAUCAUUUGUUUCAGAUGUACUGUAAUUCUGUAUAAAAAUUUGGUGUUCAAAAAGUCUUUUUUCAAACUUGAGUCUUGAAAAAGAGGGGGUCGUCUUAUAAUCAGGACCUUCUUAUAUUCGGGCCAAUACGGUAUAUCGGGCCGAUAUAUGGACUUUUUAACUAAUAUAUUUAAUAUAGAAAUAUAGUAAAUACUUAUGUUUUACUUGAUCUUGUAUACCUAAGGUUCAA